UAAGACUUUUAUGGAAAGUGUUUGGAUUUAAAUCUUUAAUAACCCGAGACAAAAUCGGGCGCUCCAUUCGCCGAAGUUGCCACCGAAAUAAUCAACAUUAACAGGACAUAAUAAGAGAAAAUGAUAAGGGAACUGAUUUGGGAGAAUAUUCAAAUGAGCAGAAGUUAGACAGAAUAGUAGUUUUAACCAGUAAGAAAAGGACCUAUAAAAUAACGACUAGGAUGUACGUUAAGAGUAAAGACCUGUGACGUCACAAGCCGCAUUUGCCGGGAAACUCACGGGGAAAAUAAUGGCGGCGACGAAGAUUUCUGAGCUCAAAUACCUCACACCAUGAGCGAUGAUAGGUCGUCAGCAACUUCCUCGUCUAAGUUAACAUACUCUUAAACACCUCAAACGUUCAAGAUGCUGGACCAGUUUUUCAAGGGUGAAGUCCCUAGCAUUUUUGAGACCACGAUCAAGCGGGAAAAAGGGAACGCUAAGGCUUAUGCUUCCAGUACACAGACAAACUCGCGUGAUUUCAGAAAUGAGGAAGAGUUUUUGCGGAGCCCCAGAGCUACACUGUGUUACUGCGGAGCUUUUCUGACGUUUGGAAUGGCUGCCGCAGUGAUCGGUCCGACUCUACUCGAGCUUGGAUGCGUAACUUCAAGGCCCGUUAAUUCAAUGGGCUGGAUUUUCUUUUCGCAAGCACUCAGUGCACUUUUUGGAUCGAGUAUAAGUGGUAUUAUGGCAGACAGAUACGACUGUAACAUCAUCUUGGUUGUGUGCGUGGCAUGUGUUGCCAUCAGCCUGACGGUGAUACCGCUGUGCAGUCAGUUCCAGCUCAUGCUUUCCGUCUUCGCAUUUCUCGGGGUGAAUAUGGGAAUUAUCGAUACGGUGGCUAACAGUGUACUCAUCAAGAUCCAUGGACGUAAGGUAGCACCGCGAUUACAGGCUCUUCAUUUCUUCUAUGGUCUGGGCGCACUAAUGAGCCCCGUGAUAUCCGAGCCCUUUCUGCGCGAUUCCUGUAAAGGCGUUCACUUCAAGAAAAAUAUUUUUGGCUGGACUCUGGAGAACUCGACUCUGGUUGAGGAUCUACUCGAGGAGCUUAUUGUCCACGGAGGCAACUUCUCGCAGCUUAACAUAACUGGUCAGCAGUUCACGACUUCCAUCAAAGCGCAUGCGCCGUCCUUUGUACAGUACGCUUUUUGGUCGGUGGCGAGUCUUCAGAUCCCAGUGCAGGCAGCAUUAUUCUACCUGAUCUUCAAGCAAAGACAAGUUCGUCGCAAUUCCCCCGUGAUGUUCAUUGGACGAGUGGUGAACAUCGCGCUAACAGGUCGACAGACUGCUGACACUGAGGGCAAAGAGCUUUCACAGAUCUUUAGACCAGUGGAGACGACGCCCCUUAAGUCGUCAUUUGGCGAUUUGUCCGCCAAGGUCCCUCUGAUGACAUUCCUGUCUGCUCUUCUGCUCUUUUUCUUUGAUGGACUUCAGGGAGCUUACGGGGGCUAUCUGUACACUUAUGCCGUAAAAAGCGAAGUCCAUUUUACCCCAAGUCAUGGUGCAUAUCUAACUUCUCUUUUCUGGUGCUUGUUUGCUGUCGGACGUUUUAUUUCUAUAUUUGUGUCGAUGUUCGUUAAGCCAGAUAAGAUGCUGCUUGCUAAUCUGACCGGCUGCUUCGUCUCUAUGUCCAUCAUGUUCUAUUGCCAUCCCUACCCGAUGUCCCUGUGGAUUGGGAGCAGCGCAUUUGGACUGUUCAUGAGCAGCGUGUUCCCCUCAACACUUACACUAGCAGAACACUGCAUCGACGUAACGGGUUCCAUUACAAGUAUUCUGAUCGUGAGUUCGGCUAGUGGUGAGAUGCUGAUCCCCCUGCUGGUGGGGAAGGAAUUCACAAGGGAAGGCCCUCUCUCCUUCCUUGUCAUAGGCUUCAUCGUGUGCGUCUUUGCUCUUAUUAACUACCUCGUGCUCAGGUCCGCAGCGAAGUCACGGAUUACACUCACAGUUUCAGAGGUUUUCCACCAUGUAGUCGGGCGCGCGUGUCAGUGCAACAGCAAUUACAAGGAUUACUUCACCACCGAAAACUGCGAAUACACACAGAUGGUACCCUGCGACGCAGGCGCGGAUGAAACCACCGCUGACUGCACUGUCACCAAGGCUCAAUUCAUGGAAACAAUAGACGAGGAUACUGAAGACAGUGCGCACGACACGACGGAAACCGCUGAGAUCAUAUCGCUGGAGGCGGAUGAUAUCAAGAGAUGAUUAGGCCCGAUUAUCAGAUAAAAACUCAACAUUUAUUAGACAUUUAUUAGAAGUCUUUACCUGCUUUAAGUGUUGUUUUGUAAAUAUAAGUUAUUUCAGAAUGAGGGGCUAUGGAAAUGGUUAUAUAAAUAAAUCACGUGGUAACAA